UCUGUGACGGAAGAGCUGUUUUGCUUGCGCGUCGUGCAUCGCGGGUGGUGAUAUCGUCGACUCUACGCACGGGAUGACAGUGAACCGUGCCUGAGAAUCCCGUAUACAUGCGAUUGUUUAUGUGCUCUAUGCAAUUUGACAAAGUAUCGAGAGCAAGAGAUACGGGCGGUGGUGUUACCCCAGUUGUUAAACUGCUCGCAACAUCGGCGCAUUGCGGAUCGCAAUUGGUGGCGUCAGGUCAAUUACAUCGCGGAUAUUAUCCUUUAUUUCGAAGGAAAUCGUUAACACGGAGAAGGUCUAUGACCGGAUCACGACGAAGUUCACCUUAUCAGGGGAACAGAAUAAACCACGGCGUAGGUGUGACUAGCAACAGUUUGAAAUUGAUGAAGUCCGAAGCCAUCGGAGAGGAGGACACAACUGCUGAUCCUGCAGUUUGUGAACAUUGAUAUCGGUGCACUCACAGCUCCCUUUAUAUCUAUUCUGUGUUUCAAUUCAACGUGUAUUCGCUCGUUAUCGUUUACUUUCGAGCUUAUUUCCUUUUUUUGGUUCUUUUCUUUCUUCAUUUUUCGUUGCAUCUAUCCGUUCGUAUGACUGUACACGGUAAUCGCGCGUUAGUUUAUUUUUCUUUGUAGCAUUUGCGAUCGGUUUCGCUUUUUCCUUCUUUGUACAAAUUUCCAUACGUAGCGUAUGCCUGUAUAUGCGCGCGCGCGCGCGAGUGUGAACGUGAAAGAAAAGGUUGAUGACAAUGCAACGAGUCCAAGAUCAAGACAAUGGAAUCAACAUCAAAUUCGGGGCGAGCAAAGGCAAGGGAAAUUAUAAGCUAGUGUCGCAGCGUUCGGAAAAUGAGAAAAAAAAUGUCAACGGGACCAAUAAACACGUUAAAAAUGUAACAUCUGAGGAAGAACUAGUUCCACCGGAUGGAGGAUGGGGAUGGCUUGUACUUUUAGCAUCCGUCAUGGUCAAUUUUCUUAUCCCAGGAACAGUGAAAUCAUUUGGUGUUCUGUUUGUUGAAUUUCUUGAAGUUUUUGAUACGUCACCAUCUACAGCUGCCUGGAUCCCAGCUUUAUGCUAUUUUCUAUAUAGUUCACUGGGACCUCUUUCCAGUGUGUUAUCGGUUAAAUACUCAUAUAGAACGGUAACACUCAUAGGAGGAACAUUUGCUGCUGUAGGAAUGAUGCUGAGUUAUUUUGCAAACUCUGUGGCCUUUUUGUGUAUUAGCUAUGGUGUUCUGGUAGGAAUAGGAGCAGGAUUGGCUUUCCCUCCAACCGUGUACAUUGUAACUUCUUACUUUGUACGGUUACGUGGACUUGCAAAUGGGCUUUGCAUAUCUGGUAGCGCUUUAGGUUCUAUAUUCCUUCCACCCAUUCUUGGAAUUCUUCUACGAGAAUAUGGAUACAGAGGUGCAGUAUUAAUAAUGGGUGCUGUCACUUUGAAUGUAUGGGCGAGUGCUCUGUUAUACGAACCGGUGGAAAAACACAUGGUGCCCGCUUCGCCGUCGAAUAAGUCGAACGACCACGACUUGGAAGCAGCAUCUAUAAUCGUAACUAGUCCCGAAGACGAGAAGAAAUUGAAUAAUAUGAUUUCUUCCGCGAACGAGAAGGCUGCCCCGAUAGUACCAAAGAGUGCGUCUAGCGUCGCAUUAGAAUAUUAUAAAAAUACUCCGGUGCAAACGAGAACGAGAAAAAUAAGUAUGCCUACGGGGCGAGAAAUAACCGGUCAAAUGCACAGCACGCCAGCCUUGCACGCCGUUCCCGAACGUGGCGGUGAUUUUGGCAAAUUAUCAAGACGCAAGUCACCCUUCCAAUCGCCCAGCACGUCAUCGUUCAAUUACGUUAGCACGCCGUAUCACGGGAGCACUCUUUCCUCUCUGCAUCCGGAGAGAGCAUCCACGCUGACUCUGAACGCUAUAUCGAACACGUUCUCGAGAAAGGCUACGGAUGAAACGAACAAGAAGAACGAGGAGAAACAGGAGAAUAAGUUCUUCGAUUUCAGCCUACUCAAGGAUCCCAUAUAUCUCGUGAUUUUGAUCUCAAACUCGACGAACGCCGUCAGCUAUACGAAUUUCGUUAUACUGCUUCCAGCGUACGCGAAUUCUUUGAAGUUCGAUAAGAACAGGUCUUCCCUUUUACUUUCGAUCGUCUCGAUUUUAGAUUUAAUAGGACGUAUCGGGGGCUCGGCCCUCUCCGAUGUCUCGAUAAUGCCUAAGCAUUGGUACUUCGUUGGCGGGUUACUCGUCUCUGGAAUCUCAUUAGCCGUUUUACCGAUAGCCACGGAUUAUAUCAUGCUGUCAGUUUACUGCGGUAUUUUUGGUUUGGCGUCCGGUAUUUACGUCGGUAUCACCGCGGUUAUCAUGGCUGACAUGCUGGGAACGGAAAAGCUAACUUCUUCGUACGGUAUUUCGUUAUUCGUCAACGGAAUUAUACAACUGGUCGGCCCGCCCAUUUGUGGCCUUAUAUACGAACAAAUUGGAAGCUACGGUCCGAUCUUUAGCAUCUUGGGAAUCAUUUUAGUUGUAGGUGCAGCUUUGUGGGGUCUCGUGCCGUUCAUUAGAAAGAGACAACACGCUCUGGAGAAAGCCAAUCAAAUCGAGAAAUUGUAGAGCAUUCGUAGCCCGGGAUCCAAGAAUCUCGUGAUGACGAAGAGCUUCGUUGUAUGAUUACUGUAGAAGUUAAUAUAGCGUGUUUCGGUAUAUAAUGAGCAUAUAAUUAUGAAAUACUGUGAUGUUAGAAUGAAUGUUAUGUAUAUACCACUGGCACUGUGAUGACGUUAUACGCGAUCCACACGCACAUUUUCAGGUGGAUUGUUGGGAAACAAUUUUCAAAAGAUAUAUUUUUAAGAAACACGAAAGUUUCUCUUUUCUCCAAAAAUUGGAAGUAUCUUGCCUUACAAGUGCGGAAAAAAAAUAUUACUCCUUGAAAGUAAGUUCUCGUUGAUAUUUAAAGAAAAAAAAAGAGCACACUUAGGAACAACUAAGUACUUAGGCCAAAAACGCACUAGCUGCUGGUGCUAUCGUAACUUAACGAAGAAUGCAAUAAUAUAAUUUAGUGCACGUCAAAUUUUCUUAGCAUAUAUAUAACCGCGAAAGUCGAAUACUUGUUUCUACACUUCCCUUGUGAAAGGGGUAAACAUGUAUAUAAUUCAUAACUAUUGUAAACACUUGGACAUUAAAAAUAGGGCCAGUCAAUUUUA